AUAUUUUGAAUUUCAACUUACGGUCACGUUGAGAGACUAAAUUUUGUUUUCGUAAACAAUUUGUUUUUGUUUUUUACUACCUUAUGUCAAUUUAUUUACAUUGCUUGACUACAAAUGGCGGCUUACCCAUAUUUACGCGAAAGAAAGGAGAGUGCGAUAAUUUGCCGUUCUCAACUGUGGCCUCUUUAAAUGGAUUUCAUAUGUUUUUUAAAUCACUUGGUAUACAAUUGCAAACCACGCACACAGAAGAAUGGACAUACAUUUGGCGUGACUUUCACAAUGUAAUCACUUUUAUUGUGUGCGGUCGUGGCAUGGGGGAAUAUCAGCUUCAAACUCUUGCCGAACUUGCUUUUGGAGCAAUAGCACUUUUCAUCAGUCGUGAUGAACUGGUUCACCCGGCACUCCUGGAACGCCUGAAAAAAGAUGCCAAAAAGUAUGUACCCAUCGUAGACGCUGCCCUCGAAGCAUCGAGCGCGGGAACAACACUUUUGGGGUAUACCGAUUGCCUGCUGGCCAUGGAAAACGUGAAUCUCUUACAGCGAUUGAAUGAGUUCAGUGUCAGCUGUGGCUCAUUAUUCUGUUGCCUGGUUGUUGGCCAACGGAUCGCGGUUGCCACCGAAGGUUGGUGGGAUCUGGACACGUUGGAUCGAGAGCUCCUUCUGUUUCUUCUGAAUUCAUCUAGCUUGCUACAACUCGAUAUUCCCGUUUAUUUACCCGGCAAGAGUCCAAAUAUUGCAUUUCGAUUUGUCACUAUUCCUGUGUCGGCCAACAGUGCAUUGUGCGUCCUUUGUGGAGCCGAACCUGCCUUUCGAGAGCUACAUCUCAAUGCUAUGAAUGCUUAUCGCAACGAUGGGAACCUUUUGGCUAACGUAGAGCGAUGUGUUCCACGCAGCCUGCCCGAGCAACUGGACAUUGAUGCCCAUGUAUUGGCUAUUAUUCUAAUCAAUACGGAGACUCGCAAGAGCAUUUUUACUCGCAAUCUGCAUCAAUCGUCAAAUGCCAAGCGCAUUGUAGUGGGUGACUUGCAACGCUUGGACAUGCUUAAGAAAUUCUUUGAUCACACUUUAGAAACUAUGCACGAGUUGAGGACUUCAAAAGGCAUAACCAACGAUUUGGAUUCCUCAAAUGCAACCUCCAUGGUCGAUCAAUACAGUUGCUCGGAUUAUCACAAAUGCUAUGCGCAUGCAGACGAACAAAGAAAUAUAAUUUUUUUGUUGUUUGUGGCUGCCGUGCCGACACAUUCUAUGAGAUUUCUUGCUAAACAAGUGCAUGCUAGUUUGCUGCAGGAGAAAGCUGUCUGCUGGUAACCCAGAUGCAGUAUUCUACUUUCAACUUAAUAAGACUGAAAUCAGCGAUGGAAACGACAUUGGUCUGAUGUCAUAUAAGUCUUCCUUUUGAGAGCACUCGACGUCUCUCAUGCUCUUGUCUUAAUUUUUUUUUAUAUUUCAUUAUAUUGGGAAAUAGGAUAUAAGUAAAUAUUUAAUAUUUUAAAACCCGUAUUAAUAUAAUAUAAGACAGUUUGUAAGUAUUUUAUGGUGCUGGAGCCUGCUUAGCAAUAUUUAUGUAUGUUCAUCUUAUGUAUAUCCUUAAGAACUUACUUACAUAUAUCUCGAAUAUCGAUAUUCAUAUUUCCGCAUGGAAUUUCUACUGACGCUUACAUAAUUCAUUUUUGUAAACAAAUUGUAUGUAGCUAUUUAUAGCCUUCAAAUAUUACAAUGACAAUAACAAUAAAUAUUAAUUAUAUAUUCAAA